AUGACUCACAACCUAUCAACCAACUACGAGAAGGUGACCACGCCGACUUUUGAUUCUCGAUUGAGCACGAUCCCCUUCAGCCAGGAACAAACUCACCUCAUUGAAGAAAAUGAAGAAGAGAAUUUUUAUUUGAAGAUGCCGCUCAAGGAGAAGAUCAUUAGGGGCAUCUUUUAUGGCAUCGCGUCCCUGGCUGCUCUGUACUUUUUCAUGGUGGCUGUCAAGCUUAUCGGCGAUGGUAUUACGGUGGCACUUGGAUGCGACACCAAGGGAGCUUUCGACUUUGCCGAUAACCCGGUGGCUGGUCUGAUGAUCGGUACUAUCUCCACUGCUCUGCUUCACAGUUCCGGCACAGUGACGUCCAUUAUCGUGACCCUUGUGGGUUCUGGUGGCAUGACUAUUCGCCAGGGCGUGUACGUCAUCAUGGGUGCCAACAUUGGUACCUGUAUCACAUGCAUCAUGGUGGCUUUUGGACAGGUCGGAGACCGUUUCCGUUUCCAGCGUGCCAUGGCAGCCGCUACUGUUCAUGACAUGUACAAUCUCUGGUCCGUCUUCGUGCUGUUCCCUCUUGAAGUGAUUUUUCACCCACUCGAGAAACUGUCGGUCGCUAUGUCCAAUGCUCAAACCAACGGUGGUGCCUUCAGUAGUCCUGUUGAUAUUGUCGUGAAUCCACUCGCGAAGGAGGUGAUCGUCGUGGAUAAGAGUGCCAUCUACAACGUCGCUUCUGGCAAAGUUAUAUGUACACCUGGACAAUCGUUUGUCAGCGGUGGUAUGUUUGAGGGUUCAAGCAUGAGUGACGGCAGUAUCGGUGCCCUCACGGCUGUGUUGGGUUUGUGUAUCCUGGUCUGCUCUCUGCUAGCCUUGGUCAAGAUGCUGGCUAAAGUCUUCAUGGGCCCCACGAAGCGCCUUGUUUCCAAGCUGCUUGACUACAAUGGUUAUGUCAACAUCAUUGUCGGCACGCUGGUCACAUUCUGUGUCCAUUCGUCAACAGUUGUGACAUCUACUCUUACCCCGCUCGCGGGUCUGGGUGUUAUCACGCUGGAACAAGUCUACCCGCUGGUUAUUGGAGCCAACUUAGGUACUACUGGCACGGCCCUGCUUGCUGCCUUGGUCACAGGCAAAUCGGACUCGGUUGCCAUUGCUCUUGUGCACUUCUGGUUCAACUUGUUCGGCAUCGUGCUCUUUUACCCGAUUCCGCUCACCCGCAAGCCCAUUAUGAGCUGGGCCCGCUCGCUAGCAUUUGCUAGUGCCGCGUGGCCAGUAACUGCUGUGUUGUUCCUCAUUUUCUUAUUUCUAGUAGCACCCGGCACUUUACUUGUGCUGGUCUAUAUGUGCACUGCCGAGAGCACUGUGGUGGAGGUAAUCGGCUACAUUGCCGCAGCUAUUGUAGUAGUUGCGAUGGCGAGUUCAAUGUUCUGGUACUUGAAAAAGGGCGGUCGUGUCUUGUGGCACGCGUUCUUACAGAAAAAGUCGUUGCAACGCGAAGCUUCUGAUACUUGUGAGUCUGUUUCAUCGCACAAUGCAGUCUAA